AUUUUGAGGAAGUUGAGAAAUGUUGAAGUCGAGAGCGAAAGUUCUUGUAUAACGUCUAGCCCGUUUGCUUUGCUAAAGGCGUUAAAUUCGCAAUUAUUGUAUGCACUGGGUUUUAUGGGGGGCCUUUGAUUUCAGCGUCUAUAGCGUCGAAUGAGAUGAAUAGACAACACAUGGCAGAUCAAGCUAGCUCAAAGCUUUAGCGCUGGCGAGUAUAAGCCUGUCAGCACUGAUCUGGCCGUGUCCCUGUAUGACAGCUCGACACCAUUAGAGUAAAAGCAGCAACGUAUCGCCCUGUCAGAAUUGUGUUCGUACAUGACUGGGUGAGCAGGGGUAAGGUGAAACAGCGAGGACAGUAAGUUCCACACACUUGCUCCAGGAUGUUACUCAGAGGUCUGCUGUUUGUCCUGGCUGGUUUUUGGGGUUUUGUUGCCUGCGAUCAGGCAGGAAAUGCAACCGCGUCUGAGAACCCCACUGGCCCUCUCCCAUUGCUGCUGGUUUCCUUUGAUGGCUUCCGGGCAGAUUAUCUGAAAAAAUACACCUUUCCCAACUUGCAGAAGUUCUUUUCAGAUGGCGUUCUGGUUGAUCACCUGACCAACGUCUUCAUCACCAAGACCUUCCCCAACCACUACAGCCUGGUGACAGGGCUGUACGCAGAAAGCCACGGCAUUCUAGCCAGCUUCAUGUAUGACCCGGAAACCAAGAAGAGGUUCUCCAUCGAAAACGACACGGACCCCUUUUGGUGGAACGAGGCCACCCCCAUCUGGGUGUCGGCGCAGAAUUCCGGGUACAAGACGGCCAGCGCCAUGUGGCCCGGGACGGACAUAAAGAUCCAAAACAGAACUUCCACCUUCUUCCUGAAGUAUGACCCCCUGGUGACAUUUCAGGAGCGGGUCACAAAUCUGACCAAGUGGCUGACCCAGGACCAGUCAGUCAAGUUUGCAACGCUGUACUGGGAGGAGCCCGACCGGGCGGGCCAUAUGUACGGGCCGGACAACGUCACGGAGAUGGGCCGGGUCCUGAGGGAGGUGGACGACAACGUGGGCUUUCUGGUGGACGCGCUGAGCAAGGCAGGGCUGUGGGACAAGAUCAACGUCAUUGUGACCAGCGACCACGGGAUGGUCCAGUGCUCCCAGGAUCGACUGAUCCUACUGGACAGCUGCCUCGACGCCAGGAACUACACUGUGGUGGACCUCACGCCUGUGGCCGCUAUCAUCCCUAUUAGCAAUGCAACACGUGUGUACAAUGCCCUGAAGAACUGCCACCCUCAUAUGAAAGCUUACCUGAAAGAGGAGAUGCCUGAUAGGCUGCAUUACAAAAACAACGAGCGGAUCCAGCCAAUCAUGUUGGUCGCAGAUGAAGGCUGGACCAUUGUCCAGCAUGGGAAGCUUCCACGUUUUGGUGACCAUGGAUAUGACAACUCCUUACCCAGCAUGCAUCCCUUCCUAGCCGCCCACGGCCCAGCCUUUCACAAGGGGAAGAGGUUUUCCACCUUCAGCAGCGUAGACGUGUACCCUCUGAUGUGCCAUCUCCUGGGGCUCCGAGAGAUGCCCAACAACGGCAGCUUCACCCACACCCGCUGCCUCCUGGCCAGCGAGAACUGCAUGGACCUCCCCCAGGUCAUAGGCAUCGUGCUCGGGGCCCUGAUGACCCUCAGCACCCUCACCUGCCUUAUGGUCUUCCUAAAGAACCGCGCCAUGGCCUCGUCCCGCCCCUUUGCCCGGCUGGAGCUGCAGGAGGACGAUGAUGACGACCCAUUGAUAGACUGAGAGGGUGCAAGUCUCUGAGCUCAUCUGUUGGAGCAGAAGGAAGAUCAUCUUACCCCCCCCC